AAGUACAAAUUUACGAUUGAAAGAAAGUGUGACUGCCUAUUCCUAUACUUAAAUUAUCAGUGUUCAUCAGAUUUCAUAAGAAGGAAAUUUUACCGUUUGUUGACUUUCGCAGUAAAAUCUAAAGGGAUUUUGUGGAACUAAAUCGCUUGCCAUGGAAGAGUUUUGCUGUGAGGUGACUGAGUUAUUAACUUAUGUGUAGUUUCACCGAGUAUGUUAUGGCUGACGAGCACAAGAUCGUUGUUGUCCGCAAUAUUCCUGCAGUCUUUCAUUCCAGUGAUCUGCGCUCUUAUUUUUCCACAUUGAUUGAAACAGAAUGCUUUGCCUGUUUUCAUUAUCGUCAUCGGCCAGAAGUGCUAGCGGAGAGUAGCAAACCCGAGCAGAAGGAAUCUCAACAGAAUUCUUCCAGUUCAGCACCCGACCAUACCAGAUGUUGCUUUGUCAAAGUUAAGUCCGCAAAUCUGAGAGAAUUCCUCUUGUAUAACGGAAGGCACUGGACAGACGAAAAAGGUAGCCUUCUGCCGUCGAGAUGCCACAUUAUUGUUAUGAAGCUGCCCGGGGAUAAAACCAGCCCUCAGAUGGUGCUUCAUCAGUCACCCUCCUUACCAUAUCUCACGCGCCACGAGCGAAGGAUGGAGCGGCGUUAUCAUCUCCAUCACCAGAACCUGCAGGAGUCAGAUGUGCAGAGUCUCAUUGAAAUGAACCCACCAGCCCUGAUGCCACAGGGCAACGUGGGCACGCCAACAAAAUUCUUUCUGGCUUUAAUUCAGAAAUGCCAGAUGCCAUCAUCGCUGAUUAAGAGUUUGGGCUUGCGUUUUCCCAAGGGCCGACGAAACAGAAAGUACGGUCAGGUUCCUAUGAAUUACGGGACGGAUGACAGAAUCGCUCGGGACCAUGCACCAACGAGCGAUUCAGAGGAAGAUAUUGCGCCAUUUGAGUGCCAUCAAACUGGGAGCCGUGGAAAAGAUGAUGAUGAUGUGCCUGUCGAGGAUCGAGCAGACGCGGACAACGAUGAGUGCGAAGAAUGGGAAAGACACGAAGCCUUUGGUGAGGACGUUACGACGCAUGAACGGAAUAAAGAAAGACUUUUUGAGGAUGAGCAAGAGGUUGUAUGGGAAAAAGGCGGUCCGGGCAUUGUCUGGAAUAUGGAUGCUAAUUUCUGGAAGGAACAAGACGGUGGUAGUGAUCUGGAUGAAGCGACGGAUGAUUGGGACGUUGACAUGUCGAUGUACUACGAGGACGAUGCGGAUCGCCCUGGCGACAAAGAUGCUCGUGACUUCAUGCAGAUCCGUCGCGAACGCCAGAUGCGGAAUGGCUCAGCGCCUUCUCUCUUCAGGAGGAGUCGGUCAAUCAGUCCUUCAAAUAAUUUCGUGCAAUGUAAAAUAGGAGGAUUUGAGAAACACACAAAGGGUUUUGGGAGAAAAAUCAUGGAGCGAAGCGGUUGGAAGGAAGGGCGUGGACUUGGGAAAUGGCGAGAAGGUAUGGCGGAUGCACUGGCGAGCGAAGGUCAGCAAGCAUGGUCGAAGAAAGGAGUUGGUUACCUGGGUCCCGCACUGAAUCGGAAGCCAGUGAAACGGUUGGAUCGAGAAAUGACAGCUAUUAGCAAAAGUGCUGUUCUGGAAGCGGGACAAAACGGCGUGAGGAUUACGACGCGGUAUGACAGCCACGAUGAAGGCGAUUCGCUUAAGCGCCGGGUUGCCGCCACCAAUCUCAAGUACAGAGCCAAGCAGUAACUCUUUUUCUCUUAAAAAUAGCUAUCUGCUAAAAUGCAGUGGUAUUGCUUGUACAUAGUAAGUUAACUUUGUAGGUUGCUUUUCAGAUAUUUAUAUUAUUUGGUAUAUACUGCCAUAUGGUUUGCCCGUAGAUGUUUAUUUCAGGUGAUAGCAUGCGCUGCUUAGAUAUUUAUGUUUAGUUUUUAUUUAUUUCUGUCCCUUGAUGUUCCCGGUGCUUCCUUUCUGCCGUCCGAUUGUUAGCGUUUUUAUGAAGUUACUGUACUUUUGUGUCUCAAACGAAUUUUGAUAACGUGCUCAGUAUUUAUCAUGAUGAAUAAAUAGAAAA